CAAUCACACCACAGUCUUCAGGUAAGCAGUGGCUCAGCCAUAGGCUGCGCUUCCUGACACUAGAUCGGACGGAGCCGUGGGGAUUCAUUUGCCGGUGUUUUGGUGGAAACUUAGCACUAGACUUCAAGCCUUCAGUUAUGGAGAAAGUUGUAUUGGUGACUGGUGCAAACAGUGGCAUUGGCCUUGCCCUGUGCGAGCGCCUGCUGUCUCUGGACAGCCAGGUCAGUCUGUGCCUAGCCUGCAGAAACAUGCAGCGGGCAGAGGCAGCCCGAUCCGCCCUGCUGGCGUCCCACAGCGAUGCCCACAUCAACCUGAUACGCCUUGACGUCGGCGACAUCAGCUCCGUCCUCAGAGCUGCUCAGGAAGUCAAGAUGAGAUAUAAAAGACUGGACUACAUCUACCUCAAUGCUGGGAUCAUGCCAGACCCUCAGGUGGACAUCAGAGCCUUCUUUAAGGGUUUGUUCUCUAGGAAUGUUGUCAAAAUGUUUGCUACCGCAGAGGGCCUGCUUACGCAGCAGGACCACAUGACCAAGGACGGCCUGCAGGAGGUGUUUGCCACCAACCUUUUUGGCCACUUUCUGAUGGUGAGGGAGCUUGAGCCGGUCCUGUGCCAACCCGAUCACACGGCCCAGCUGAUAUGGACGUCAUCCAGCAAUGCCAGGCGCUCCGCCUUCGACUUGGAUGACCUCCAGCACCAGAGGGGCACGGAGCCCUACAGCUCCUCCAAGUAUGCCGUGGACCUGCUUAGUGUGGCCCUGAACCGGCACCACAACCAACAGGGGAUUUACUCAUCGGUGAUUUGCCCGGGAUUAGUGAUGACUAAUCUGACCUACGGCAUCCUUCCCUCCUUCCUCUGGACUCUCAUCAUGCCCAUAAUGUUGCUAAUCAGAAUCUUCACGAACACAUUCACACUGACACCCUACAACGGAGCAGAGGCCCUGUGCUGGCUGUAUCUGCAGAAACCAGAAUCGCUGGAUCCGCUGGCUAAAUACCACAGCUUAACAUCAGGGCUAGGAAAAAAUUACACGGCACCACGCAAGAUGGAUGUCGUUGAGGGUACGUCGGAGGCUCUAUAUGACAAAUUACUGAAACUGGAAAUAGAAAUACGGAAGAAGAACAAAGAUGCAGAGCAACAGAUUUCUGAUCUCCAGCACCAUCUGAAUGAGGCGCCAUAGUGUGAGACUUUACAGUCUAGUUCUCGGCUACUGUGGACCAGACAUGUAGCCACUUAGUAAAAAAGACAAAGAAUAAAAAAUUGUUUGCUCCCGACCAGGCAUGUAGGUAGGUACUAAAAUAAAUACAGACGCUCCUCUACUUACGAACUUUCAACUUACGAACUUUCAGACAUACAAAUGAAGAGGACUGUAAGUCCAAAUUACGUUCACUGGGCUCCCGUUUC